AGUGAGGGCGGGCCCUUGAACCUUUCCGUUCUCGUGUUUGAAAUGGAGGCCCCGGAGGACCGCUUAGCUCGCUGGGUUGGAGUGGGGUGCUGUAAGAAGGAGGCCCUGGCCUGGAGCUGGGCAGGUCCAGAGGGCUGUGCCCAGUGCAGCCUGGGGGAUGUGGUGACCCUCUGAGGGAGAGCCUCCCAGCGUCCAGGCCCACGAUGAACCCCACCCCUAACUCAGGCCACGGACCCCUGGCAGCCACGCCACCCAGGACUGCGUGGGACAAGAGAGCCGUCGCCCCGCAGGGGCCAGCAGCAGGACAGCCCCGAGCAGCCUGGCCCAGGAGGCUCAAGGCAGCCACCAGGACAUUCUGGGCCACCUGCCCUUCCUUGUCCACCGUCUUCUUCCUUUUCGUCAUCUUCAUGGUGUCCAUCAUCUUCCACUGCCGCCAGCGCCUGGCUCUAGUGCCCAACCCCUGGGCCUCCCCAGGCCACUUGGUCCUGGUCCCUGGACACCUGCCCCCCGGGGGCAUGUUCACCAUCAACGCCAAAGGCCGCCUGGGGAACCAGAUGGGGGAGUACGCCACCCUGUACGCGCUGGCCAGGAUGAACGGGCGGCCGGCCUUCAUCCCGCCCGAGAUGCACAGCACGCUGGCCCCCAUCUUCAGGAUCACCCUCCCGGUCCUGCACGCCAGCACGGCCCGCAGGAUCCCCUGGCAGAACUACCACCUGAACGACUGGAUGGAGGAGCGGUACCGCCACAUCCCGGGGGAGUACGUGCGCCUCACGGGCUACCCCUGCUCCUGGACCUUCUACCACCACCUGCACACCGAGAUCCUCCGGGAGUUCACCCUGCAUAACCACGUGCGCGAGGAGGCCCAGGAUUUCCUGCGGGGUCUGCGGGUGAACGGGAGCCGACCGAGCACCUACGUGGGGGUGCACGUGCGCCGGGGGGACUACGUGCACGUGAUGCCCAACGUGUGGAAGGGCGUGGUGGCCGACCGGCGGUACCUGGAGCAGGCCCUGGACUGGUUCCGGGCUCGCUACCGCUCCCCCGUCUUUGUGGUCUCCAGCAACGGCAUGGCCUGGUGUCGGGAAAACAUCAAUGCCUCGCGCGGCGAUGUGGUGUUUGCCGGCAAUGGCAUCGAGGGCUCCCCCGCCAAAGACUUCGCGCUGCUCACGCAGUGUAACCACACUGUCAUGACCAUUGGCACGUUCGGGAUCUGGGCCGCCUACCUUGCUGGUGGAGAGACCAUCUACCUGGCCAACUUCACCUUGCCCACCUCCCCCUUCCGGAUGGUGUUUAAGCCCGAGGCAGCCUUCCUGCCAGAGUGGGUGGGUAUUGCAGCUGACCUGUGGCAGGCCAGAGACAACGGCCCCUAGCCCCGUGUCCCUGCCUCACCCUCGGCUCUGCACACCGUGUGGGGCGCAGCACGCGGGCUCGGAUGCCUGCAUUUAAAUCCAGGCUGCUCUGCUUCCCGGCUGGGUGACUUUGGAUGAGUAACUUAACCUCUCUGUGCCUUAGUAUGCCACCUGAGAAACAAAUGGGACGCAGCUCCUCCUAAGAACACGAUGAAUUCGUGUAGGGCCUCGGAAACAGGUGGUAAAGUGUUGGCUGUUAACACGUCUCUGGGUGUCGUGCCCUGGACAUUGGGACUGUGUUAAGGUGGGUGGAAAUGUAUUUUUGCCCUCUCCUUCUUUAUAGUCCCGGGAGCAUAGAGUCCAGAUGUUUUGUACUUGUCUCCUGGAAGGGCUUGGCGAUGAAACUGUUCCUGCCCUCAAGUAAAGGGGAGCUGGCUGGUGGCUAAGAAUUCAGGCAUUGGGUCCAAGGGGGCCUUGUGAUGAGAGAACAUGAGGGAAAACAGGCCGUGAGAGGCUGACUCAGGGAGAGACCCUCUCGCGGAGGGGCUGGGGGAGGGCCUCACAGCGACGGCAGGACUCAGCAGCAGGCCUUGGCCUGUAGCAGCGAAGACGCCCAGAGUCCGAAGGUCAUGGAGCAACAGGCUGACCCCACAGGGGCAGGGGCCACGGAGACUUGCCAUGGCCGUGUCCACCCGUGUGGACAGGUGAUCUGACACCUUGGCACUGCCUGUGCCCCAGGACCUAAUGCCACUGUGAGAAACCCCAAUAUGGACAAAAGUCGGAUUAGGUGAUUAUGAUACUGGUUUUCUUGUGUUUGACGCAUCUUAAAGCAUGAAGAUAACCAGUAUUUUUAUUGGAUCCUUUUUGGAUAUGAAAAAAAUGUAAAGUUACUUAUGUUCAUUUAAAAUUUCCCCCAAACAUGGGUGAACUGGUUUAGAAAACGUUUCAGCCACAUUUCGUUCCCAUUUUAAAACCUGUUCCAAGUGUCUUACUUAUUUGCUUCCCGUGUCUUGGCAUACGGGUGCGGUCGAGUGCCCUUCCUCUCCUGUGGGAGCAAUACUGUCUUCCCAGAGCCCUAAGUCCUCGGUGGUUAAGAGGGGGUGUUGAAGAAAGCAGGGGAGGGGCUCAAGGGGAGGGUGCCAGGGAGGGAGGCUCUGUAUCAGCCAUCUACCGUUUUGUAACAAAACUUACAAACCCCAACGCCUAGUAGCUUAAAGCAACAAUAAUUUACCAUUGCUUACAGUUGCCGUGGGCCAGGAAUUCGGGAGUGACUUGGCUGAGUGGUUCUGCGUGGGACAUCCAGGGAGGUGGCUGUCGGGUGUUAGCGAGGGCUGCAGUCAUCAGAAGGCUUGAUGGGCUGGGGAUCCGCUUCAGUGGCUGGCAAGUUGGUGCUGGCUUUUGGCUCUUGGUUAGCUCCUCCCCCUCCUUUUUUUCUUUUUUGGCUGUACCUGGGCACAUGGAAGUUCAGCUGGAGCUGAUGACACAGUUGUGGCAAUGCUGUUAGGGCAGCUACCCAGCAGCCCUGCGCUGCAGCGUAUCAGCUCUGGAGACAGCCCUGUGGCUGUAGGGUACCAGCUCCAGCAGCUCUGUGGCUGCAGUGGAUCAGCUCUUUCACCCGGGGGGAAACCAAGCGAGCGCUCGGAGAGGUGGAGAACUCAGGUUUAUGACGCCGGCGCGCUCAGAAGAGAUCGCUCUCCAGAGUCUGAGCCGGAAGAAGGGUUUCCCAAGGCUUUUAUGGGCUGCGUCUUCUGGGUCCAAGCUUGGCUGGUUGGACCGGAGUGACGUCAGGCAAGGUAGUGGAUGCGGAAACAAAUUGACAGAAGCAGAUGCGUGGGGGAGGGGUGGUUGGGACAGUUGGCUGGACUUUGCUCAGUCAUCGUGGCCGGGGUCUCUCCUUUCUACGUUUUUAUUGGGACAUUUUCUCCUACAAUGCUGGAUCCUUUAACCCACUGUGAUGGGCUAGGGAUUGAACCGGCACCACUGUGUGAGCUGGGAGGGGACUACUCAAGAGUAUGAUGCCGGGAGGAUUAUCUCGGGCCGUGUUGGAGGCUGCUGUGUUAACUUGCUAGAGCUGCUGUAAUAAAGUACCCCAGACGGGGGUGCCUUGAUUAAACCACA